CUCUCUCUCUCUCUCUCUCGCUCCUGCUGUUGUAGCCCCUUUCAUUCGGUGUGUUACCCAAAGCUCCUCACCAUUUCCCGACCUCGAGACCGGGAACAGGGAACCACAGAGCCGACCGCUCAUGGCAUGGGCGAGCCGUCUUCUCAAUAGCUUCUUCUUUCCUGUGCCUUGGAGUUGGUCGUCUGAUGGUCUUUGCUUGGAGUCGGAUGAAUAAAAGGAAAGUUAGGUUUUUUGCUUUCCUUUUUGUCCAUGGGGCGGAUGUAUUUGAUGGCCUGCUUUCGUCUUUGACCUCGGCGUUCAGAUUCUUGCAGGAUUUCUAGUGAAAAGGCGGCGCCUUUGGAGUUAUCACUUGAUGAGUAGUUCCGGAUUCCAUGUUCGGGUUCUGUUCCCAUGUCAUCUCGGAAAUCGCUGGGAUUUUUCGACCGAGUCCUCUCUUUUUUUUCUUGGAUGAUGUAAGAGAUCCGGUUUCUGUUCCACCUGCGAUUUUUUUUCCGUCUGAUGUGGCUCUCAAUCUGCGAAGGAUUCGAAGUUGUUGUGGUUUUCCGUUUGGGUGCUAAAAAGGCGCGCUUUUUAUGACGCGAAGGUGGUGUUCUACAGUGGUGUGACUGUUCUUGAGGUUGUGUCUCGGUUGCACAUUGCCGCCUCCAUCUGAGUGCAAGAAAAAUGAACUAUGUUAGGUCUGGGUUUCUGAUUCAAGCAGCGUUCUUGGUGAUGAUUUCUGGGUCAUCUAAUAUGGGGGUCUCGGGCCUUGGAUCGAUGUCCUCCAUUGCCGUUUCCUACGGUGAGAAUGGCCCGGUCUUCUGUGGUCUAAGCUCGGAUGGUUCUCACUUGGUUGCUUGCUUUGGUGCUGAUGCUUCCAUAGUCUAUGGCGCUCCUCUUCGACUCCCCCUCCUGGGUCUCACGGCCGGCGAUGGUUUCGUCUGCGGCCUUCUCUUGGACACAGGCCAGCCCUAUUGCUGGGGCAGCAACAUCUUUGUGAAGAUGGGCGUGCCUCAGCCCAUGGCGGAAGGCGCGUCCUACUCGGAGAUCAGCGCCGGUGACGACCACCUCUGCGCGCUUCGCAAACCGGCCAUAGACUCUCGAAAAGGCGCCUCGUUGAUCGACUGCUGGGGCUACAACAUGACCGCCUCGCACGAAUUUGACGGCGCCGUUGCGGCGAUCACUGCCGGCUCGGUGUUCAGCUGCGGGAUGUUCAUCCACAACCGGACGGCAUUCUGCUGGGGCGAUGAGACCAGUAGCGGUGUGAUAAGCUUGACGCCGAGGAACUUGAGGUUCCAAUCGAUUUCGGCCGGUGGAUUUCAUGUCUGUGGGAUCCUGGAGAACUCCCAGGUCUUUUGCUGGGGAAGGAGCCUGGAGACGCAGCAGUUAUCUUUAGGCCAUGGAGAUGUUAAGAUGGUGCCCAUGGAUCCUAUGGUUUCGGUAGCCGGGGGGAGGUUCCAUGCUUGUGGAAUUAAGAGCUUAGAUCACAAGGCUGUUUGCUGGGGCUUUAUGCUUCAGAACAGCAUGCCACCACCUAAGGAUUCAAGGUUGUAUGAGAUUGCGGCCGGGGACUACUUCACAUGUGGUGUUCUUGCGGCGACUUCGCUUAGGGCCGUCUGCUGGGGCACCGGCGUCCCCUGGUCAAUUCCGAUGGCUGUCUCUCCUGGAAUCUGUGCUUCUAAUCCUUGCGGCCAGGGGUACUAUGAAUUCAGUCAUACAAGCUUGGGGAAUAAAGUCUGCAAGCCAGCAGAUUCAAGAGUUUGCUUACCGUGCAGUGUUGGGUGCCCUGAAGGGACAUACGAAUCCACGCCUUGCAAUUUGACCUCAGAUCACGGUUGCGAGUUCAAUUGUUCCAGUUGUGCUUCAGUCGAAUGCUCCUCCUUCUGCUCGUCACAGAAAGAAUCCAAGAGCAAAAGGUUGCUCUCUCUUCAAAUGCCAAUCUUCAUUGCAGAAAUUGUCUUUGCAAUCAUCUUUGUUAGCUCAGUCUUCUUAGUCGCAUGUCUUUACGCUCGCCAUAGGCUGCAGAGCUGUAGGUGUUUGGAGUCUGCAGUGACUACAUCGAGAAAACGGACGUAUUCUUUUCACAAGGAAAUGGUGAAAGUCGGACCAGACUUGGAGGAGCUCAAGAUCAGGAGGGCUCAGAUGUUCACCUAUGGAGAACUGGAGAAGGCGACUAGUGGAUUCAGUGAGGAAUCACUCGUCGGGAAGGGUAGCUUCUCGUGUGUUUUCAAAGGGGUCUUGAAAGAUGGGACUGUGGUCGCGGUGAAGAGAGCCAUAAGAGUGUCUGAUGUGAAGAAGAACUCCAAGGAGUUCCAUACGGAACUCGACCUGCUGUCAAGACUAAAUCAUGCUCAUUUGCUCAACUUGCUUGGAUACUGUGAGGAAGGUGGUGAGCGGCUUUUGGUUUAUGAGUUCAUGGCUCAUGGAUCUUUGUACCGACACCUUCAUGGCAAGGAUCUGUGCCUAAGAAAGCGGUUGGAUUGGGUUCGUAGGGUGACGAUUGCCGUCCAGGCUGCUAGGGGGAUAGAAUACCUGCAUGGAUAUGCUUGUCCACCGGUAAUUCACAGGGACAUCAAGUCUUCGAACAUUCUCAUCGAUGAGGAACACAAUGCUCGAGUUGCAGAUUUUGGUCUUUCUUUGUUGGGUCCAGCAGAUAGCAGCUCACCAUUAUCUGAACCUCCUGCUGGUACUCUCGGCUACCUCGAUCCUGAAUACUAUAGACUUCAUUACUUGACUACGAAAUCAGAUGUAUACAGUUUUGGGGUUCUGCUGCUGGAGAUUUUAAGUGGUAGAAAAGCAAUCGAUAUGCAAUUUGAAGAAGGAAACAUUGUAGAAUGGGCAGUUCCACUGAUCAAAGCUGGGGACAUUUCGGCGAUUCUGGAUCCAGUGCUGAAACCUCCAGCUGACCUGGAGGCUCUCAAGAAAAUUGCUGCCAUGGCAUCCAAGUGCGUUAGGAUGCGGGGAAAGGAUCGGCUGUCGAUGGAUAAGGUGACGACCACUUUGGAGAGAGCUCUCGCACUGUUGAUGGGCAGCCCGUGCAACGAACAGCCAAUCCUGCCUACAGAGGUAGUUCUAGGGAGCAGUAGGUUGCACAAUAAAGCUUCACAAAGGUCUUCAAACAGGUCAUGUUCGGAGAAUGACACUGAUGACCAGAUUUACGAGUAUAGAGCUCCUUCGUGGAUCACAUUUCCCAGCGUAACCUCAUCUCAGAGGAGGAAGUCGUCGGCAUCAGAAGGCGAUGCGGAAGGGAAGAAUUCAGAGGGGAGGAGUUUAGGACAUGGGGGGGCAGGGGAUGGGUUGAGGUGCUUGGAGGAAGAGAUCGGACCAGCAUCCCCACAGGAGAAUCUGUUCUUGCAACACAACUUCUGAAUGGUUCGAAUGCUAGAACAAUGAACGAAUGAACAGAAAAUGUAAUUAGAAAAGCUCCAAAGUCGCAGCAUCAUUUGAUUUUUUUUUUUUUUUUUUGGAAUCAAAUGCAUUACUUUCUUUUUCAUGUCUCGUCUUCGAAUGGCGAGUUGGAUUGCUUUCAUGGAUGUUCAUCGAGAGAAUGCUUGGUGUACUUUUCUUACAUACUUGCAUUCUUGUGUUGUGGUUUCUUAAGGAAUUUUUGGACUGAGCACAUUGACAUCAGAUUACUAGCUGAUCAUCAAUGAAGCAAAUAAAGUUUUCCAUGAUUAAAGCUUUA